AUGAUCAUCAUUUUACGACGGUCGACCAACAUUGCGCCGCCGUCGCUGCCCGCGUCCGCCUUCCCGUCGCCGCCCGCGUCUGCCAUCCCGCGCCGCAUCCUUCGCGGCUUCGACGCACUGCCUGCAUGCGGCAUGGAAGCCAGGCUACACGACGCGCAGCGCUGUCGAUCGACGACGCCAAGAACAAGCAACGAUGCAAACGACCGCGGUGUCCCAAACGCCGGUGGCCUUCGCCUUCGCGAGCAUGGCACGCGCGAUAUGAUUCUCUUGGCGCCGGCGAGGCGCGACGACGCAACCGCAACAACUGAAUCGCUGGCUUCAAGAACCAGGGGCCUGGCGCCAGGUCCGCUCUACCGCAUUGGCAAUCUCCGGACGACGCGCGUGCUCCAGGACUGGGCAGCGCGUGGCCACGUGCGGAGCUUCCUACGACGCCGAGCGCAUGUGCGGGAGCGACACGCAGCAGCGCGACGGGACCAGUCGUUGCGUGUCGUCGCCGCCAUGAACGACCUCGUCGAUGAAGUCGUUCGCACCGAGCUCAUCCCGGAUCUCUUGAUCGAGCUCUUUACAUCGCAAACAACAGCGAUCGAGGCAUCACCACGACAGAAGGAGGCAGUGGAGGCAGUCUACGGCGACGUCCUCGAUAGCGCCGUGCGCUCGCUCCUCUUGGACAUUGUGCACACAACGAUCCAGCGUCUGGUCCAAGAAUUCCUGCAGACCACAACGACGGUAGUACCAGACGAGGACCCACUCGAGUCGUUGAUGGAAGCCCUGCUCACGGACCUGUUGCGGCCGCGACUUCUUGACGUGGUCCACGAGACCAUCGCGCACCUGGUGACGUCCUACUUGACGGACACGGACGCGUCCAGUGUCUACGCCGCGCUGCUGAUGGACGAAUUGCGCUCUGUUGUACUUAGCGCGCACCACGACGAGCAGUGCCACAGCGUGUGGUCUAUCGUGUGCGCCGAGACGCUCCCGUCAUUGCUUUCAGAGAUGGCCACGGUUGCUGUCGAGGAGGCCAGAGACGCGAACGCUGUUCUUUUGAUGGUGAAAGAUCGAGCGCUCAUCGAAGAUGCCUCGACGAGCCUGCUGAAUCACGCGCUGCUCUCAAGUAUGCUGCAGCUUUUGGCGCAGCAAGGCGACCGCAUUCUGUUCCAGGAUGCAUGCGAGCAAAUGCUUUCGCAGGCGAUGCUGGCCGCGCUCCUCAAGCGCUUGGUGCGCACCGAAGCCAGCGUCGAUAGAACGAGCCGCGUCCUUGUGGAUAUGCGCAACCGCAUUCUGCAGCACCAUCUCGCUGAGCUUCUCUCGGUCUGCGUCGCCACCGACUUGGACGCUUAUGAGGCGCAACUUGCCGAGUUGGAAGGCGACUAA